UUAUUUCUUUAGUUACGAAAAAUAUUUGUUUAUAAAAUAUUAAAAUCUGCAGUCAUCACUAACUGUUUCUAAUUCAAACCACAAACACAAAUUGUUUUAUAACGAAAUAGGUACUUAUAAUAAUGGGAACGAUCUUACGUGCUAAAAAAGGAAAAAGCAAUUUAUCUACAGAAAAUGACUUGUAUAAUACUGACUAUCAUAAUCAACAGAAAGAAAUUAUAACUGAAUCAAUUCCAAAAAUUGUGCCGUUGUAUGAUGGCACAGAACUAAAAAUUAAUCAAAAGUUAAUAAUGAAUGGACUAGCUACUAUCUCUGUACGAAAUAUGAGAUCUAAAGAAUAUGUUAUCAAAAAAAGAAAUUCAUUUUUCAAUCUCCAUCGUCCUGAAUUAAAAGGUUUAAAUAUUAUACCUACUGAAAACCAACAAGAGAAAAUAUUACACCAGCAAAUUCUUAAAGAAGUAAAGACAAUUCACGAGAUAAAAACAAUGAAAUCACUUUGUUCUAUUAAUGGGCCACAAAGUCCGUCAGAAAAUAAUCCAGUCAACAUCUCGAAUUAUAAUAUUAAACCGGAUGCGACAUUAUUGAUGGAAAACCAUUUUUCAAAAAGACUUUUAAAGCCAAUAGCCAUAACCCCAUCCAAUCAACAGGACAAAUGGGUUGACAGUUCUAUUACGAAGCCCGAAGAAUCAACAUUAAAAGCAGAUAAAUUGUGUGUUCACGAUGUGGAAAUAAAAUCUACUCUUAUCGACUGAAUUGAAAGUAUUAUAAAUAAAAUAAAAAAGUUGUCUACGA